AUGGCACGUACUAAAUUUGAUCAGUUACCAAAUGAACUAGUCCUUAACAUACUGGGUUAUUUAACUAGUCUUGAUGCAUGGUUUGCUUUCCACAAUUUAAAUACUCGUUUGAAUAAUUCUUUACAAACUAGUUCAAUGAAAAUAGAUCUUAGUCUUUGUCGUCGAUUUCAAUGUGAUUUCACUUAUCGAUAUAUUCUACCUAGACUUCAAAAUCCAUUUGCUAUUCGUUUUUGUCCAAGAAUCAUGGAUGAAUCUACUUAUCAGUUCUUUAUUGAAUUAAAAUCAAACAAUGUCGAAUAUAAAUUGCAAGUUUUGACAUUAACUCAUAUAACCGAACAAUCUAUGAAUAUUAUUGCUCAACAUUUAAAUCGAUUAAUAAAUCUUCGUUCAUUAACUAUUAUGCACGAUCAUGAAGAAUUCUAUGGAAAAUUUAUAAAUACAUUCAUGAAUACGAAUAUGCCCCGUCUUGUGUAUCUCACUCUUGGUUAUACAGAACGUUCAUCAAGUUUAUAUCUUUACGAGGGCAAUUUAGAUAGACUUCGUUCAACUAUUCCAAAUAUUCAAAAUUUUAUACUCAAAGUUCCGAUUAGUUUUAAUACUUUUCAUCGGCUUUUGAAUGUAUUACCUCAAUUGGUUUCCAUCGAUGUUCACUUGACGGAACGAAGCAUAGAUGAGAUUAAGAAAAACUCAUAUAAUCGUGAUUUUGCACGUAAUUUACAAAAACUCGUUAUGACCAUAAAUGGCAUAAUUCGUUUUAAGAUUAUUGAACAACUUCUUCGUGCUCUUCCACAUUUACACACAUUCUGGUUAAGCACAUUCAUAUGUGACAAUAGCUAUGGAACAGAAUAUCAAGAUGGUAAAGUAUGGGAAGGGUUAAUUCGUAAAUAUUUACGAAACUUAAUUGACUUUCGCUUAAAUGUGGGCCUUGAAUCAACACAAUCUAUAUCGCCUGCAGAUAUAAUUCAACCAUUUCGUAGUUCUUUUUGGACUAAGGAAAAAAAUUGGUGUUUUAUUGCUGAUCGACCUGAAAAUGAUGUUGAUACAAUUGAACUUUAUAGUUUACCUCCACCCGUUAACAGUAAAAUUAUCUUUCGUCCAAAUGUCCAAUGGGUCUCAAAUUCAUCAAAUCCAAAUUUUCAAAGUGUAAGAAUGCUUGGAUUAUUACCCACAUUAGAUCGAUCAGCGAGCAGAACAGCUCGAAAUCGUCGUUACACCAAUGUUACAACGCUUCAUACAGCGUCUGUCCAUAACUCUAAUCACGAUUAUGAUGCUUCAAUUGUUUUCGACUAUGUUGAUUUAACUAAGGUUCGAAAUUGCAUUAUAAGUGUUUCAGAGUUUAUUGAAAGUCUAUCAGUGAUGAUCAAUCUCACUUCAUUAACAAUACGAUGCUAUGAUGGUAAUAUUGAAUAUUUCAAGAGAAUUUCUUCACCAAUAUAUACACUUAAGAAAUUAUUUCUUAGCAAAUCUAUGCAUUGCUACUAUUAUAAUCGAAAUGAUAUGAAAAUAAUCACACAUUUAUUUCCCAAUUUGGAAUAUAUUGAAUUGCGCAUAAGCGAAUUUGAAAGUUUACCUAUUCUGAUGAAUGGAUUACCUCAUUUAGUUUAUGCUAUUAUCUAUAAUGAACCUGAAGUAAUUGACGAAGAACAUUUAAAACAAUGGUUACAUAAAAAAGAACCAAUAAUGAAAUUUAUGUGGUCUGUGGAAGACAAGAAAUUGGAUAUAUGGUUCGACGAAUAA